AUGCACUUGUUUUUACAUUCCAGCGAGAAAUCCUCCCGGAAGCGAACACAGUCGUUUUCAUCUCAACGAACAGUGAGUUCGGCCAGCUCAAGUUACAGCUUUUCAUCCUCACCUCAAACACAGCACACUGAACCUGCUGCUGACUUGAUCUUCAAACAGCCGAACAGAGAUGAACUUCUCAAAGUUUGCAAGACAAACGACCCGGGGAAACUAAACAACUUAGAUAUUCCUUAUCUCUCGGAAUAUAUAUUAAUGGAUACAAUCGAGUCGCUAGACGAAGGGUCCAGCGGUUCGAUCUUGAAAGCCAAAAGUAGGACCAACCGCAAAAGUUAUGUGGUGAAGUUGCUUAAAAGUGAAGUAAUGAUGGGAAAGAGUAAAGAGUCCAGUUCUAUCUCUUCUAGCCACAUUUCAACCACUGAUUUCCAUGGAAGUAACCUUUCUGGUUCAGCAUCACUUUCAAGAACACACUCUCACGUCAAUUUUGAAAGGUCGGGGAGUAGUAUUACUACAACAACAGCGACACCAACCAAUAUCCGCUCUCCUCAGCCUACAGAAACCCCUGCAUUCAAAAACCAGCGCUACAGUCCUAUACUGUCUGCUGCCUAUCGUUCUCCAAGCAGACUUGUAAGCCCGAGCUCGUCCAAGCUGAGCUCAAGUAUGCAAAGCUUGUCCUUGGAUUCAACUCGAUCGAGAUCAAAUUCAUCUUUCAAGACUUUCAAACCAAUGAACAAACAGGGAGAGGACGAAAACAAGAAAGGCAGAGAGCAAGGGAAGGAUGGAGAAGAUUAUGAAGGGGAGGAAAACGAAGAAGCAAAACCAAUAUUAAGACCAAUGUACACGUUUGACUCAUUGAAUGAAUAUCUCAUUCUCGCGAGCUUAAAAUCAAAGCAUGUCUCAUCCGUGCAUGGAUUGUUCCGUUAUGGGGUUGAACAUAAUGAUGACGCCGAGGCAGAUGAAGACGACGACGGAGAAGACGAUGAUGGGAGCUUCUACAGUAUGGAUGGGAAUGACAUUAAUGACAAUGUUAAAUCUUCCGAUGAGCAAAAUCCUGUCGAAUUGAAUAGUGAACCUAUUGACGUUUGCUUGUUACUUGAUUACUAUUCCAACUCUGACCUUUUGAGAUUAACUACUGGAAUCAGGAAAAAGAACAUUUCCACGAGUUCCUUGUUCAAGGAUGCCAUAUUUGCACAGCUUGUGCAAGGUUUAAAAUAUCUUCACCAGCAAGGGAUUGUCCAUCGGGAUAUCAAGCCGGAGAAUAUUUUAAUUGAUGAAGAAGGAUGUUUAAAGUAUGCUGAUUUUGGAUAUGCAGUAGACUUAAACAGGAUCGAGGAUUAUCCAAUUGAUGAGCACUAUUUUCUGAACAGGGGGACCACGUCGUUCAAAGCUCCAGAGAUUAUGAAGGUCAGGGAGAAGUUUGAUGCAGAUAUGCUGAAGGCGACGGAUGUAUGGUCUCUAGCCGUGUUGUACUAUCAGAUGAAAUUCUUGAACAAGCCAUGGCGGUGUGCAGUGGAUGACGAUUGCGAUUACAAGAGGUACAGAGAUUUGUUUACGGCAAAAAAGCUCGACUCACUUAAGACAGGAUUUGAUAUAAAGAGAGUGUUUGGGAGCGAGGACGUUAUGGGCCGCAGCUUGAAGAGUGUAAAGGAUGACGUUGUCAUUGUCGUUACGAAUAUGAUGAAUCCAAAUCCACACAAAAGAUGGACGGUCAGUGAUGUGUUCAGGUCAGAUUGGAUGGUAGGUACGAGGAUGUUGAUUGAGGAGGAAGACAAGGCUAGCAGCGCAGCUGGUGUUCGGGGGAAAAACAGUGAGGAUCUUGAGCUUGUGAAGGUUUUGCGCGUGUUGUAA